GAAGACAAUUUCACGAUGGGCGGAAGUACUACUGAUCUCAUCGACCCACCGGUGGAUGGAACGAGGUGGGCUGAGUCAUCCCAUCAACAGGCUGUACAUGCGAAGGUCCGCUCGGAAGAUGCAUCGAUGACUCACAUGGAUCAGCGAGCGUCCACCGUCUUCCUACAACUCUUUCGCUUAGUGGUAGCCGCGUUGGAGGGGCGCAAACCGUUCUAAAUCUCUCGUCAAAUUGUUAUGUAGCUCUCGGCCGUAGCGCGGAGUCUGCGGUCACCCCAGCUGGUUUUCAUGGGACUUUCAAAGUCCUGCUACCUGGUGGGUUGUAUGCAAUGUUCAUGGUCCCUUGUCAAAACUGGCAUCACUGAUCGCAGUGCACCAAGCGGGCGGGCAGCGCUAGGUAGUUUUAGUCACUUCCCAUUCCCAUACAGCAUGUCCGCAGUGUGUAUAAAUUGAUGGUUUCGUUUGAUUGCCAGUAAUGUUGGUCAUUCUUUUCACCCUAUGCUUCUUUGCUCUAGGGAGCUCUGCUGGCGCGCCUUCCAACAGUUCAGGAUGUCUCUGCACCUACGGACAUCCUUGUUGGCCAACCCCAGAUCAGUUUGCCGAACUCGAAUCCCAGGUGUCCCAACCUCUCAUCCACCCCGUUCCCACUGCCUCUGCGUGCUACCCAGCCAAUGAUCCAUCUGGGAACUGUACUCAGGUAAUGCAACGCUGGACAGACGGGAACUGGCGUUCUUCGAUACCUGGUUCGAUGGACGAACCAAAUUUCGAGUCAUUCAUAUUUAAGAAUGGUACAAUCAGUGCAUGUUACCUCAACACAUCUCUCGGUGUACCUUGCGAGCAAGGUAGUGUGCCCGUGAUUGGCGUAGACGCUCGCACCCCACAAGACAUCCAGGCUGCCGUAAACUUUGCACUGCGUUACAAUUUGAAAUUAGUCGUGAAGAAUACGGGACAUGAUUACCUCGGGCGCAGUACGGGCCGCGGUGCCUUUGUUGUAUGGACGCACAAAAUGAAGAACGUCACGUAUGAUGCGGAGUUUGCGCCUGAGGGAGCACCCGCCAACGAAACACACCAGGCGAUGACAGUUGGCUCUGGGGUACAGUGGCACGAGGCUUAUGAUGUAGCCAAUCAGAAUGGACGCAUGAUGGUCGGCGCCCAAGAUCCCGAUGGAUCCAUUGGAGCUGGCGGUGGCUGGCUCCAAGGUGGGGGGCACAGCUCUCUUUCGCCUUCAUAUGGCCUCGGUGUUGACAAUGUGGUUCAACUCACAGUGGUCACGUCCACUGGUGCCCACCUCACCAUCAACAACUAUCAAUAUCCCGACCUCUUCUGGGCGCUCCGUGGUGGUGGCGGUGGUACCUACGGCAUCGUUACAUCUGUCACCUACCGUACGUACCAGCAGCUUCCGGUCGUACUGUACUUCAUGCAGGCCAACGUCACCAACGCAACUGCGAUGAAAGAGCUCAUUGGAGGGAUGCUACGCCUCCAACCCAAUCUGACGGACGAUGGCUGGUCAGGAUAUGGCUUCUUCGUAAACACCAGCGCGACUUUCAUUGGUAUGAAUCCCGGCAUGUCCACCGCGGCAGCCAACGCAAGUACGCAACCCCUGACCGACUACUGGCUCAGUUUGGAGUCCAAGGGUAUUUCGUUAGAGGUAGAGAUCAGUCCGUUCGACACAUGGUACGCGUGGCACACGUGGUUCCAACAGUUCUUCAACACGGGAGGUGAGAGUGGUACCAAUAUGAUGGGUACCUCCCGCCUUCUCUCUCGUGAUAUACUCGCGAAUCAAUACGCCGAUGUCGCAGAGAUCCUUUAUGAUUGCCAGGGUGAAGUGAACAUGGUUGCCGGGGGAAAAGUCGCUCAGAUCAGUCCCGACUCAGCAGGCCUUAACCCAGCGUGGAGAAAUGCCAUCGUCGAAACCACAUGUGGCGUAUUCUGGGCAGAAGGUGCCACCGCCGAAGAAAUCUCAGGGCAAAUCGACCAACUCAAGGUAUGGAUCAAGGAUAUGUAUGUCCUCUCACCUCAAUCUGGUGCCUAUUUCAAUGAGGCAUCGUUGUUCGAAACCGAUUGGCAAUACACAUUUUUCGGUUCACACUAUGGCAAGUUGAAAGAGAUCAAGGAUAAGUAUGAUCCGUACCGUCUCUUCGUAGUUGCAGAGGGUGUUGGUUCAGAAGAAUGGAACGAAGAGCUGACUUGUCGGUGGUAGAAGUGGGCUCUUACAUGACCGAGUUUCCAGCACCAGUAGGACACCUGUUGUAAUUGAGUUCGGGAUAUUGUCAAACCACUAUGGUCGAAC